GUUCCAAUCCACCAGGCGCUCCUUGGAAACUCUGGGGGCAGUUCUACUCUGUCCUUGAGGGCUGCUAUGAGUCAGAACCAACUCGACGGCUCUGGGUUUGGUUUGGUUUUGGUACAUACUCCCAAUUGCUCUCCGCCUAAUGAGACAGCCUGCUCCCUCCCUCCACUCUCUCUUUUUGUGUCCAUUUCGCCAGCUUCUAACCCCCUCUUCCCUCUCACCUCCCCUCCAGGCAGGAGAUGCCAACGUAGUCUCAAGUGUCUACCUGUUCCAAGAAGCUCACUUCUCACCAGCAUCCCUCUCCAGCCCACUGUCCAGUCCAGACCCUGUCUGAAGAGUUAGCUUUGGGAUAGUUCCUGUCCUGGGCCAACAGAAGGUCUGGGGGCCAAGACCCCCAGGGUCCUUCUAGUCUCAGUCAGACCAUUAAGUCUGGUCUUUUUAUGAGAAUCUGGGGUCUGCAUCUCACUGCUCUCCUGCUCCCUCAGGGGUUCCCAGUUGUGUUCCCUGUCAGGGCACUCAUCGGUUAUAGGCAGGCACCAUCUAGUUCUUCUCGUCUCAGGCUGAUGUAGUCUCUGGUUUAUGUGGCCCUUUCUGUCUCUUGGGCUUGUAAUUACCAUGUGUCCUUGGUGUUCUUUAUUCUCCUUUGAUCCCUGUGGGUUGAGACCAAUUGCUGCAUUAUAGAUGGCCUCUUGCUAGUGUUCAAGACCCCAGACGCCACUCUCCAAAGUGGGAUAAAAAAUAUUUUCUUAAUAGAUUUUAUUAUGCCAGUUGACCUAGAUGUCCCCUGAAACCAUGGUCCCCAACCCCCCACCCCUGCUACGCUGGCAUUUGAAGCCAAGAAACUUCCUUGCUUUUGGUUUAGUCCAAUUGUGCUGACCUCGCCUGUAUUGUGUGUUGUCUUUCCUGUCACCUAAAGUAAUAGUUCUUAUCUACUAAUUAGUGAAUACCCGUCUUUCACCUUCCCUCCCUCCCCCAUCUCGUUACAAUCAAAGAAUAUUUUCUUCUCUGUUUAAACUAUUUCUCGAGUUCUCGUAAUACUGGUCUUAUACAAUAUUUGUCCUUUUGCAACUGACUAAUUUCACUCAGCAUAAUGCCUUCCAGAUUCCUCAUGUUAUGAAAUGUUUCACAGAUUCAUCACUGUUCUUUAUCGAUGCAUAGUAUUCCAUUGUGUGAAUAUACCAUAAUUUAUCCACUCAUCCUUGGAUGGGCACCUUGGUUGUUUCCGUCUUUUUGCUAUUGUCAAUACUGCUGCAGUGAACAUGGCUGUGCAUGGAUCUGUUCAUGUAAAGGCUCUUACUUCUCCAGGAUAUAUUCCAAGGAGUGGGAUUGCUGGAUCCUAUGGUAGUUCUAUUUCUAGCCUUUUAAGGAAGCGCCAAAUCAAUUUCCAAAGUGGUUGUACCAUUUGACAUUCCCACCAGCAGUGUAUAAGUGUUCUAAUUUCUCCACAGCCUCUCCAACAUUUAUUAUUUUGUGUUUUUUGUAUUAAUGCCAGCCUUGUUGGAGUGAGAUGAAAUCUCAUUGUAGUUUUGAUUUGCAUUUCUUUAAUGGCUCCUGGUCUUGAGCAUUUCCUCGUGUAUCUGUUAGCUACCUGAAUGUCUUCUUUAGUGAAGUGCCUGUUCAUAUCUUUUGCCCAUUCUUUAAUUGGGUUAUUUGUCUUUUUGUAGUUGAGUUUUUGCAGUAUCGUGUAGAUUUUAGAGAUAAGGCGCUGAUCGGAAAUGUCAUAACUAAAAACUUUUUCCCAGUCUGUAGGUAAUCUUUUUACUCUUUUGGUGAAGUCUUUGGAUGAGCAUAGGUGUUUGAUUUUUAGGAGCUCCCAGUUAUCUAAUUUUUCUUCUGCAUUCUUAAUGUUUUGUAUAACGUUUAUGCCAUGUAUUAGGCCUCCUAAUGUUGUCCCUAUUUUUUCUUCCAUGAUCUUUAUUGUUUUAGAUUUUAUAUUUAGGUCUUUGAUCCAUUUUGAGCUCAUUUUUAUGCAUGGAAUGAGGUAUGGGUCUUGUUUCACUUUUUUUGCAGAUGGAUAUCCAGUUAUGCCAGCACCAUUUGUUAAAAAGACUGUCCUUUCCCCCAUUUAACUGUUCUGGGGCCUUUGUCAAAUAUCAGCUGCUCGGAUGUGGAUGGAUUUAAUUCUGGAUUCUCAAUUCUGUUCGAUUGGUCUAUGUAUCUGUUGUUGUACCAGUACCAGGCUGUUUUGACUACUGUGGUGGUAUAAUAGGUUCUAAAAUUAGGUAGAGUAAGGCCUCCCGCUUUGUUCUUCUUUUCAUAAUGCUUUACUUAUCUGGGGUCUCUUUCCCUUCCAUAUGAAGUUGGUGAUUUGUUUCUCCAUCUCAUUAUAAAAUGUUGAAAUUUGGAUUGGAAUUGCAUUAAAUCUGUAAAUUGCUUUUGGUAGAAUAGACAUUUUUAUAAAGUUAAGUUCUCCUAUCCAUGAGCAAGGUAUAUUUUUCCACUUAGUAAGUCUCUUUUGGUUUCUCACAGAAAUGCUUUGUAGUUUUCUUUGUAUAACUCUUUCACAUCUCUGGUAAGACUUAUACCUAAGUAUUUUAUCUUCUUGGGGUCUACUGUAAAUGGUAUUGAUUUGGUGAUUUCCUCUUCGAUGUUCUUUUUGUCGGUGGAGAGGAAUCCGACUGAUUUUUGUAUGUUUAUCUUGUAUCCCAAUACUGUGCUGAACUCUUCUAUUAGUUUCAGUAGUUUUCUGGAGGAUUCCUUAGGGUUUUCUGUGUAUAAGAUCAUGUCAUCUGCAAAUAGACUUGCUUUUACUUCUCCCUUGCCAAUCUGGAUGUCCUUUAUUUCUUUAUCUAGCCUAAUUGCUCUGGCUAGGACCUCCAGCACAAUGCUGAAUAAGAGCGGUGAUAAAGGGCGUCCUUGUCUGGUUCCCGAUCUCAAGGGGAGUGCUUUCAGGCUCUCUCCAUUUAGGAUGUUGGCUAUUGGCCCUGUAUAAAUGCUUUUUAUUAUGUUGAGGAAUUUUACUUCUAUUCCUAUUUUGCUGAGAAUUUUUAUCAUGAAUGGGGUUGAACUUUGUCAAAUGCCUUUUCCGCAUCAUUUGAUAAAAUCAUGCAAUUCUUGUCUUUUGUUUUAUUUAUAUGAUGGAUUACGUUAAUUGUUUUUGUAGUGUUGAACCAUCCCUGCAUACCUGCUAUGAAUCCCACUUGGUCCUGGUAGAUUAUUUUUUUGAUAUGUUAUUGAAUUCUACUGGCUAGAAUUUUGUUAAGGAUCAUUGCAUCUGUGUGCAUGAGGGAUAUAUGUCUGUAAUUUUCUUUUCUUGUGGUGUCUUUACCUGGUUUUGCUAUCAGGGAUAUUCUGGUUUCAUAGAAUGAGUUUGGAAGUAUUCCGUCCUUUUCUAUGCUCUGAAUUACGUUUAGUAGUAGUGGUGUUAACUUUUCUUUGAAACUUUGGUAGAAAUCUGCAGUGAAGCAAUCCGGGCUAGGGGUUUUUUUUUGUUGGAGUUUUUUGACUACCUUUUCAAUGUCUCCUUUUGUUAUGGGUCUAUUUAGUUCUACCUGUGUUUGUGUUAAUUUCGGUGUAUUUCUAGGAAUUCAUCUAUUUCUUCUAGGUUUUCAAAUUUGUUAGAGUAUGGUUUUUCAUAGUAAUCUGAUAUGAUUCUUUUAAUUUCAGUCGGGUUUGUUGUAAUAUUGCCCAUCUCAUUUCUUAUUUGGGUUUUUUUCUCCCUCUCCUGUUUUUCUUUUGUCAGUUUGCCCAAUGGUUUAUCAAUUUUGUUGAUUUUUUCAGAGAACCAGCUUUUGGUCUUGUUAAUUCUUUCAAUUGUUUUUCUGUUUUCUAUUUCAUUUAGUUCUGCUCUAAUUUUUAUUAUUUGUUUUCUUCUGGUGCCUGAAGAUUUCUUUUGUUGUUCUCUUCCUAUUUGUUCAAGUUGUAGGGAUAAUUGUUUGAUUUUGGCCCUUUUUUAUUUUUGUAUUGAUAUAAGUUGACCUCGGAGCACUGCUUUCACUCUGUCCCAAAGGUUCUGAUAGGAAGUGUUUUUGUUCUUAUUGGAUUCUAUGAAUUUCUUUAUUCCAUCGUUAAUGUCUUCUAUAAUCCAGUCUUUUCUGAGCAGGGUAUUGUUCAGUUUCUAAGUGUUUGAUUUCUUUUCCCUGCUUUUUGUGUUAUUGAUUACCACUUUUGUGGCCUUUUGGUCAGAGAAGAUGCUUUGUAAUAUUUCAAUGUUUUGGAUUCUGCUAAGGCUUGCUUGAUGACCUAAUAUGUGAUCUAUUCUAGAGAACGUUCCCUGUGCACUAGAAAAGAAAGUAUACUUGGUUGCUGUUGGGUGGAGUGUUCUGUAUAUGUCUGUGAGGUCAAGUUGGUUGAUUGUGACAAUUAGAUCUUCCAUGUCUUUAUUGAGCUUCUUUCUGGAUGUCCUGUCCUUCACCGAAAGUGGUGUGUUGAAAUCCCCUACUGUUAUUGUGGAGCUAUCUCACUUCAAUGCUGAUAGCGUUUGUUUUAUGUAUCUUGCAGCCCUGUGAUUGGGUGCAUAAAUAUUUAAUACGAUUAUAUCUUCUUGGUGUAUUGUUCCUUUAAUCAUUAUAUAGUGUCCUUCCUUAUUCUUUCUGAUGGGUUUAACUUUAAAGUCUAUUUUGUCAGAAAUUAAUAUUGGCAGUUCUGCUAUUUUUUGAUUGUUGUUUGCUUGAUAUAUUUUUUUCCAUCCUUUGAGUUUUAAUUUGUUUCUGUCUCUAAGUCUGAGAUGUGUCUCUUACAGACAGCACAUAGAUGGAUGGUGUUUUUUAAUCCAUUCUGCUACUCUGUGUCUCUUUAUUGAUGCAGUUAGUCCAUUUACAGUCAGCAUAAUUAUGGAUAGAUAUGAAUUUAGUGCUAUCAUUUUGAUGCCUUUUUUUUUUGUGACUUUUUCUUCUUCCCAUUUAAUCUAUAUGUGCUGAGUAGAUUGUCUUCAUAUAUUGCUCUUUCCACAUAUUUGUUGUUGUUGAUUUUGUUUUUGCUGAGUCUCUUUUUUUCUUGUAUUUUAUUUUGAUGUGUAGGAUAGUUUGUCUCCUUUGUGGUUACCUUAAAAAAAAAAAUUUACCCGUAUUUUUCUAAAUUGGAACCUAAAUUUUAUUUCUUGGUGUCACUUUGUCUUCCUCUCCAUAUGGAAGAUCUAUGACUACAUUUCCUAGUCUCUCUUUAUGGUUGUAAUGUUACCUUCUUUUACAUAAUAACAUUGCUGUUACCCUGUUUGGAGGGUUUUUUUAAUCUUGAUUUAUUUUUUUGAUUUCCUUAUGUGGGCUGACUUCUGAUAGUUCUGCCCAGUGUUCUAGUCUUGGGUUGAUACCUGAUAUUAUUGAUUUUCUAACCAAAGAACUCCCUUUAGUAUUUCUUGUAGUUUUUGUUUGUUUUUUACGAAUUCUCUAAACUUUUGUUUAUCUGGAAAUGUCCUAAUUUCACCUUCAUAUCUGAGAGACAGUUUUGCUGGAUAUAUGAUUCUUGACUAGCAAUUUUUUUCUUUCAAUUUUUUAUGUAAGUCAUCCCAUUGCCUUGUGUGCCUGCAUGGUUUUUGGUGAGUAGUCCGAGCUUGUCCUUAUUGGCUUUCCUUUGCAGGUGACUUUUUGUUUAUCCCUAGCUGCUCUUAAAAUUCUGUCUUUAUCUUUGGUUUUGCAAGCUUGAUUAUAGUAUGUCUUGAUGACUUUCUUUUCACAUCCACCUUAUGUGGAGUUUGAUGACCAUCUUGGAUAGAUACCUUCUCAUCUUUCACCAUAUCAGGGAAGUUUUCUGACGAUGAAUCUUCAACAAUUCUCUGUAUUUUCUGUUAUCCUUCCCAGUUCUGGUACUCCAUUCACAGGUAGGUUAUUUCUCUUGACAGAGUCCCACGUGAUUCUUAAGGUUUAUUCAUUUUUUAAAAUUCUUUUAUCUGAUUUUUCUUCAAAUAUAUUAAUGCCAAGUUCUUUAUCUUCAAGUUCAGAAAUUCUGACUUCUACUUGCUCUAAUCUUCUCUUUCUAUUGAGUUGUCUACUUCUGUAAUUUUAUUGUUAAUCUUCUGAAUUUCUGAUUGCUGUCUAUCUAUAGAUUUUCCUAGCUUAUUAAAUUUUUCAUUGUGUUCCUGAAUAAUCUUUUUAAUUUUUUCAAUUGCUUCAUCUGUGCAUUCCUUGUCUUGUUCUGCAUAUUGCCUCAUUUCCUUCCUGAUGUCUUGAAGCGUUCUGUAUAUUAAUCUUUUGUAUUCUGCCCCUGGUAAUUCCAGGAAGCCACUUUAACCUAGGAGAUCCCCAGAUUCUUUGUUUUGAGAGCUUGUUGAGGCGAUCAUGGUCUGUUUCUUUAUCUGACUUGAUAUUGACUGUUGUCUUUGAGCUACCUAUAAGUUAUCGUAUUAGUUUAUUUUAUGUUUGCUUACUGUGUCAUAGCUUCUUGCUUUGUUUUGUUUUGAUAUGUCCAAAUGGGUUGCUUGAGUGAGCUAGCUUGAUUGUUUUCACCUUUGGAGCUCUGUGUCCUGUCCCCAGCUGGCUAGAGCUGUUAUCAGGUAUAUCAGUCUAGGAGUCCUUUCACUUUUCUUGUAUGAAUUCAGCUCAGGUGUCCAGGUAGCUGAUCAUCAAGUGUGUGGUACAGGUUCUGUCCUACAUUCUUAGAGGGGCAGGGGUGAUUGGUGUAGGUACCUGUAUCUGGUUGCAGCAGGGGGUCACGCUCUGAACGAGGCAGGGAGCUGAGUAUUGUCCCCUACGUGUCAGUGAGGAAAGUGUGUCCCUGUUCCCUAGAGUGUACAGGUGAGUGGGUUCUGCAGAUAGACUGUGGACACCCAAUGUUUUUGGUCGUAAAGACUGGGAGGUACCAGUUAUCCUUGGGCCCCUGUCAUCGGUGGCUGGGUGACCUGAGUGGAGCCACCAGUCCUUAGGCCCCUGAUGUGGGUAAGUGAGGACCCUGUUUAAUAGGCAAAGCAAUAUCAAACAUCAAACACCCACCUCUCUGUCGCACAGCUGAAACGGUUGGAGUCUGCCAACAAGGGCCUAUUCUUCUGAAAUAGGCCCACACAGGUCCAUGCAGAGGGGAGAGGUACUCAAAAUCCAUGUACCGUUUAUGCCUGGACAGAAACGGCUUCUGUCCUGAGCUCCCCCGAUUAGUGGAGCUGGCAAAUUAUCUUUUCCCCAGUUGUGAAUUUUUUCCUUCUCCAAGGCUGGGAGGAUGGCUCUAGGCACUCAACAGGGCGUAUCUCAGGCCCAGGGAAAUCAACAACCACUGAAGCCGGUUUGGGCGUGGGGGCCAUGGUAAAAUGUAUGAAAGUACCUAUCUUUUGCUGAGAGCACCAUUCUUCUCUGGUUCCAGAGGUGUGAGUAGGCUGUGUGACUGGCUGCUUCUCCCUGAGGAAACUGCUGCCAAAUGCUAGUACCAGCCCGCCACCACGACUCCUGGGAAUGGUGCCUGAGGGCUCCCUGCAAUUCAGGCUUGCAGCAAACAAAAGACUGAAGCUCUGCAUUGUGGUAAUGGCAGCUUUCACACCUGUACACCGUCUCAGGUUCAAGGCGUGCUACAGAGGGAACUAAUCCAGUUUAUGCCUCUGGAGACCUAGGGUGACCGUCCUGCACAGCCAUGCAUUCACAAGACUCAGUGUUAUUUGAGGAUGUGGCUAUGAAAUUUACCCAGGAAGAGUGGGCUUUGCUGGAUUUUUCUCAGAGGAAACUCUACAAAGAUGUGAUGAUGGAAACCUUCAGGAACCUGGACUCAGUUUUUCAACAGCGUAACAAUAGACAAAAAUCCAUGAAGAAUGACUUCUGGUCCUCCAUGAUAGAAGAAAUCUGUGAAUUAUGUGACACCGAAGAUCAUCACAACAACCAGGGAAAUUGUGUGAGGCUCAAGAGAAUUCCUGCUGGAGUAAAUCCUUCUGAAUGUUGUGAGUGUGGAAAAGCCUUCAUGGAUCAUACUUUUAAGCAUCACAUCAGAUCUCACGCUGGAUACAAACCUUAUCAGUAUAAGGAAUGUGGAGAAGCCUGCAGUUUUCCCUUUUCCCUAAUACCUCGUGUGAUAACUCUUACUGGAGAGAAAUUUUGUGAAUGUAAGAGUUCUGGGAGACUCUGCAGUUGUUCCUCACCUCUCACCAAAUAUGUAAGACCUCAAUGUGGAAAGUGGCCUUGUGAAUGUAAGGAAUGUGGAAAAGCCUUUCGUUGUUCCUCACACCUCAUUAGACAUAUACGUUCUCACAGUGGAGAGAGGCCUUAUGAACGUGAGGAAUAUGGAAAAGCCUUUAGUUCCUCACACCGCACUGUACAUAUAAGAACUCACAGUGAAAAGAGGCCUUAUGAUUGUAAGGAAUGUGGGAAAGCCUUUAGUACUCCCUCAUGCCUCACUGCCCAUACAAGAACUCACAGUGGAGAGAGGCCUUAUGAAUGUAACGAAUGUGGGAAAGCCUUUAGUAGUUCCUCACACCUAACUAGACAUACAAGAACUCACAGUGGAGAGAGGCCUUAUGAAUGUAAGGAAUGUGGAAAAGCUUUUAGUAUUUCUUCAUCCCUCACUGCACAUGUAAGAACUCACAGUGGAGAGAGGCCUUAUGAAUGUAAGGAAUGUGGGAAAGCCUUUAGUAGUUCUUCAUGCCUCACUAGACAUAUAAGAACUCACAGUGGACAGAGGCCUUAUAAAUGUAAAGAAUGUGGAAAACCUUUUAGUAUUUCUUCAUCCCUCACUGCACAUAUAAGAACUCACAGUGGAGAGAGGCCUUAUGAAUGUAAGGAAUGCGGGAAGGCCUUUAGUCGUUCCUCAAACCUCACUGCACAUAUAAGAACUCACAGUGGAGAGAGGCCCUAUGAAUGUAAGAAGUGUGGGAAAGCCUUUAGUCGUUCCUCACACCUCACUGUACAUAUAAGGGCUCACAGUGGAGAGAGGCCUUAUGGAUGUAAGGAAUGUGGAAAAGCUUUUAGUGUUUCUUCAUCCCUCACUGCACAUAAAAGAACGCAUAGCGGAGUGAGGCCUUAUGAAUGUAAGGAAUGUGGGAAAGCCUUUAAUAGUUCGUCACACCUCACUACACAUAUAAGAACUCACAGUAGGGAGAGGCCUUACGAAUGUAAGGAGUGUGGGAAAGCCUUUAGUACUUCCUCACACUUCACUACACAUAUAAGAACUCAUAGUGGAGAGAGGCUUUAUGAAUGUAAUGAGUGUGGGAAAGCCUUUAGUAGUUCCUCACCCCUCACUAAACAUAUGAGAGCUCACUGGGGGGGAGGGGCCUUACAAAUCUAAGGAGUGUGGGAAAACCUUUAAUAGUUCCUCAUCGCUCACUGCACAUAUAAGGGAUCACAGUGGAGAGAGGACCUUUGAAUGGAUGGAAUGUAGAAAAGUCUAUUCAUUCCUCAAACCUCAGUAGACAUAUAAGUUCUCCCAGUGAAGAAAGAACUUAUUAAUGUAAGAUAUGUGGGAAUGUCUUCAGUUGUCUCUCAUGCUUUUCAACACUUCUGAUUAGGAAUACUGGACAGAAGCAACAUACAUGUGAGUAACUCUGGGUAACUUUAUCCUUUAUAUUUUCUCAAACCUGAAAAAAGAUAUGCAGCAGGGAAACCAUAGAUGUGUAAGGAAUGUGGGAAAAUUUUUCUUUUUCUUCCCUGCUUUCGGUGACUUUCACAUGUACGGAAAAGCCUUCCCUAUUUCAGUAACAGAGCAUGUGAAAAGUCACACAAGAGUAUCAUGUAAAUGUGAAGUACCUGGGAACAUUUGAGAUAAAUCAUAUUCCGUAUCAUUGUUGUUAGGUGCUGUCGAUUUGGUUCCGACUCAUAGCAACCCUAUGCACAACAGAAUGAAAUACUGCCCGGUCCUGUGCCAUCCUUAAAAUCAUUGUUAUACUUGAGCCCAUGGUUGCAGCCACAGUGUCAAUCCAUCUCAUUGAGGGUCUUCCUCUUUUCCUCUGACCCAGUACUUUACCAAGCAUGAUGUUCUUCUCCAGGGACUGAUCCAACCCAACAACAUGUCCAAAGUAUGUAAGAGACAGUCUCACCAACCUUCUAAGGAACAUUCUGGUUGUACUUCUUCCAAGACAGAUUUGUUCGUUCUUUUGGCAGUCCAUGCUAUAUUCAGUAUUCUUCGCCAACACCACAAUUCAAAGGUGUCAGUUCUUCUUUGGUCUUCCUUAUUCAUUGUCCAGCUUUCACAUACUCUUGAUGCAGUUGAAAAUACUAUGGCUUGGGUCAGGUGCACCUUAGUCCUCAAGGUGACAUCUUUGCUUUUCAACACUUUAAAGAGGUCCUUUGCAGCAGAUUUACCCAAUGCAAUGCGGCCUUUGAUUUCUUGACUUCUGCUUCCCUGGGUGUUGAUUGUAGAUCCAAGUGAAAUGAAAUCCCUGACAACUUCAGUCUUUUCUCCGUUUAUCAGGAUGUUGCUUAUUGGAACAGUUGUGAGGGUUUUCGUUUUAUGUUGGGAUGUAAUCCAUACUGAAGGCCGUGGUCUUUGAUCUUCAUCAGUAAGUGCUUCAAGUCUUCUUCACUUUCAGCAAGUAAGGUUGUGUCAUCUGCAUAACACAGGUUGUUAAUGAGUCUUCCUCCAAUCCUGAUGCCCUGUUCUUCAUACAGUCCAUCUUCUCAGAUUAUUUGCUCAGCAUACAGAUUGAAUAGGUAUGGUGAAAGGAUACAAUCCUGAUACAUACCUUUCCUGACUUUAAACCACUCAGUGUCCCCUUGUUCUGCCCGAACAACUGCCUCUUGAUCUAUGUACAGUUUCCUCAUGAGCACGAUUAAGUGUUCUGGAAUCCCCAUUCUUCACAAUGUUAUCCAUAAUUUGUUAUGAUCCACGUAGUCAAAUGCCUUUGCAUAGUCAAUAAAACAUAGGUAAAGAUCCUUCUGGUAUUCUCUGCUCUCAGCCAGGAUCCAUCUGACACUAGCAAUGAUUAUCCCUGGUUCCACGUCCUCUUCUGAAUCUGACCUGAAUAUCUGGCAGUUCCCUGUCAAUACACUGUUGCAGCUGCUUUUAAAUGAUCUUCAGCAAAAUUUUGCUUGCAUGUGAUAUUGCUGAUGUUAUUCGAUAAUUUCUGCAUUUGGUUGGAUGACUCUCCCUGGGAAUAGGCAUAAAUAUGGAUCUCUUCCAGUCGGUUGGCCAGCUAGCUGUCUUCCAGAUUUCUUGGCAUAGACAAGCGAGCACUUCCUGCACUGCAUCUGUUUGUUGAAACAUCUCAAUUGAUAGAUAUUCCAUCAAUUCCCAGAGCCUUGUUUUCCUUCAGUUCCUUCAGUGCAGCUUGGACUUCAUCCUUCAGUACUAUCGGUUCCUGAUCAUGUCCUGCCUCUUGAAAUGGUUAAACGUCGACUAAUUCUUUUUGAUAUAAUGACCCUGCGUGUUUCUUCCAUCUUCUUUUGAUGCUUCCUGUGUCAUUUAAUAUUUUCCCCAUAGAAUCCUUCGUUAUUGUGACUUAAGACUUGAAUUUUUUCUCUAGUUCUUUCAGCUUGAAAAGCUCUGACCGUGUUCUUCCCUUUUGGUUUUCUAUCUGCAGCUCUUAGCAUAUGUCAUUAUAAUACUUUACUUUGUCUUCUCGAGCCGCCGUUUGAAAUCUUCUGUUCAGUUCUUUUACUUCGUCAUUUCUUCUUUUGCUUUUAGCUGCUUGACAUUCGAGAGCAAGUUUCAGAGUCUCCUCUGACAUCUAUCUUGGUCCUUUCUUUGUUGUCUUUUCGGUAACGUCUUGCCUUCUUCAUGUAUGAUAUCCUUGAUGUCAUUGCACAACUCGUCUGAUCUUCGGUCAUUAGUGUUCAUCAUGUCAAAUCUAUUCAUGAGAUUGUCUCUAAAUUCAGGUGGGAUAUACUCAAGGUUGUAUUUUGGCUCUCGUGGACUUGCUCUGAUUUUCUUCACUUUCAGCUUGAACUUGCAUAUGAACAAUUGAUGGUCUGUUCCACAGUUGGCCCCUGGCAUUGUUCUUACUGAUGAUACUGAGCUUUUCCAUUGUCCCUUUCAACAGAUGUAGUUGAUUUGAUUCCUGGGGGGCUCAUAUUCCCACACUAUAUCAGACAAUGUUCCGCUUCUAUUCAUAAGGUUUUCACUGGCUGAUUCUCAAAAGUAGACUGCUUUCUUCUAAGGUGUUUCUUUCUAAGGUGGCAUAGGUUCCAGCAUCACAGCAACAUGCAAGCUCCCACAGUACUACAAACUGACAGACAUGUGGGAGAUUCCAUACUGGUCCUGUGAAUAUAAAAGAUGAUGGAAGUCUUCAGUGUCCCUCCUCCCUCAGGACGCUUAUUAGACCUCAUACAGUGGGAAACCUUGUAAUUGUCAGUCCUGAGAAACCCUUCAAUGACAUAAUUUUCCUAUUUCUGUACAAAUAUUUCUAGCAAGGGAGCCUUAAGCUAGAUUUUCUAGAAAAGCAAAACCAGUAAGGGUUAUAAAUAUGUAUAUAGAGAGAUUUAUAUCAAAGAAAUAGCUUACACAGUUUUAGCAGCUGGAAUAUCCCAAGUCCAUGGGUCAGGCUGGAGGCUUCUUCUCAUUCACGUAGCUGCAGGGGAUGGCAAACCCAAGAUUGGCAAGUCAAACACCAGGCCUCUGGUUCAUAGGCAGUGAUGACUGACAAAUCCCAAGAUUGGCAUGCAAGACAGCAGCUAAGCUGCUAGCUCAGGUCCCAAGAACCACAGGUUAGAUGAACAGGAGACAGGUGUAGGAUCCAGUGCUAGCAAAAGUCCACAAGCCUUACCAGAAAGUCUACUUAUAUUUGAUGCAGUCCACACCUCUGAGGAAACUCCUUUCAACUGAUUGGCUACUCACUGCAGAGCCCAUUAUGGAGGUGAUCACAUUGCAUCAAAACUUAUCAUGGAAGUAAUCAUAAUAUGACUGGCAAACUGCAUCAUAACUGCCAAACCACUGAGAAUCAUGGUCCAGCCAAGCUGACACAACCAUAACCAUCACAGGGAGGAAUUUUAUUAAAUGUACAACUAUGAAAAUUACUGCUUCCUUAUUCCUAUGUGCAUUAAUUUCUACUUUUUAUUUUCUGUUAAACAUAUACCAGUGAUAAAUAUCCCUCUAAGCUUCCUUUCAAUUCUAGGACAUGGAUUUUGGUAAGUGUUGUUUCCAUUUGGUUAAUUUAUUUAAAAAACUCAUUUCAUUAGAAAAUUUCAUCAACACAUGAGUGUUUUUAAGUGUGCGUUUUUAAGUUUUUGUGCUUUAAGUGAAAGUUUACAAAUCAAAUAAGUUUCUCAUACAAAAAUUUAUAUAUACUUUGCUAUAUAGUCCUAGUUGCUCUCCCCCUAAUGAGACAGCACACUCCUUUCCUCCACUGUCUCUUUUCUUUUCCAUUCAGAUAGCUUCUGACCCCCUUUGCCCUCUCGUCUCCCCUCUGGUCAGAAGCUGUCUGCAUAGUCUCAUGUGUCUCCUUGAUCCAAGAAGCUCACUUGGAGCCUGUGUUUUCUUUUUAUCAACGAAGUCAAGCUAUAAUUUUUUUUGUGUACAAAUAGCAUGUCCUCAUUGUAGAAAAUCUGAUUUGAACUGAAAAGUAUCUGUUAAAAAAGCACUUAGAAUGUCACCACUGCUGAUAUUUUGUUUAUUCUUAUUUUUCAGCCCUUCAUUACAACAAAUUAAUGGUUUUAAUAUAAUCAGGAUUGUUCUGAACAUUUAGUGUACUAGUGUAAUUUUUUUUACAUUGUGUCAUGGAUUGAAUUAUGUCCCCCCAAAAAUGUGUUUAUUAACUUGGUUAGGCCAUGAUACCUAGUAUUCUGUCAUUGUCCUCCAUUUUGUUAUUGUAAUUUUGUAUUGAGAAGAUUAGAGUGGGAUUGUAGCACUACCUUUACUCAGACCCAAUGUAAAGGGAGUUUCCCUAGGGUGUGGCCUGCACCACCUUUUAUCUCUUUACAGAAAAGGAAAGGGAAGCAAGCAGAGUUGGAAGUCUCAUACCAUCAAGAAAGCAGCACCAGGAGAAGGUCCUCAACCAGGGAAGGGUUGAGGAUGGGACCUUCCUUCUGAGUCGACAAAGAGAGAAAGCCUUCUCCUGGAGCUAACACCCUGAAUUUGGACUUGUAACCUACUAGACUGUGAGAUAAUAAAUUUCUCUUUGU